AUGGCCGCAGCAUCACAGGCGUCUGCGGACGCGGCGGCAAAGGACAAGCCCAGUGUGAUGCGACGGUUCACAACUUUUCUGCGCUUGCUGGUUUAUGGCGACCCCAGCAGGUCCGACUUGAUAUUACUUUGCAUCGGUGUUAUUUCCUCCAUCGCAUCCGGUGUGCCAUUCCCCAUCAUGAGCAUUGUCUUCGGUCAGCUAGUCGACGACAUGAACUCAUCCACCUGCAACGCCGACAGCUCCAACGGCAACAUGUACCAGGAUCAGAUCAAUAAGAAAGUAUUGCUGAUCGUGUACAUCGGCAUUGCGUAUCUGGUGCUGAUCUACAUCUACGUGGUAUCCUGGAACCUGACUGGCGAAAGACUGGCCCAGCGCCUGCGCGAGAAGUACUUCCAAGCGCUGCUUCGACAAGAUGCAGCCUUCUUCGAUAACCUCCCCGCUGGUGAGGCCUCCUCGCGCAUCACCGGCGACAUCACAACCGUGCAGCAGGGCACGUCCGAGAAAGUCGGGAUCGUGAUGAACAGUGUGGCCUUCUUUGUCACCGCCUAUAUCGUUGCUUUCAUCAAAGACGCCCGACUGGCGGGCAUGCUGGUCUCUCUGACCCCGGCCUACCUGAUCAUGUCGCUGGUGGGCGGCUACUUUGUGCAAAAGUUCUUCGGUCUGGCGCUGGAGAGCGUGUCGAAAGCAUCAUCGGUCGCAUUGGAAGCUUUCUCAAAUACUACGGUGGUACAUGCCUUUGGGGCUAAUGCCCGUCUGGAAGCCAAGUUUAUUGAGAUAUUGACGCCUGGUCGAAUCGCUGGCAUCCGGAAGGGUAUUGCAACUGCCGCCCAGGCUGGUCUCCUAUAUUUUAUCGCCUUCUCGGCCAAUGCACUCGCCUUCUGGCAGGGUUCGGCCAAGAUUGCGAAUGCGGUCGAGUCUGGUGAUGGCGACAUGACAGUCGGAGCUACAUACACUGUCAUAUUCAUUCUUGUUGAUGCCUCCCUUAUUCUAAGCACGGUGGCCCCUUUCCUACAGAGCUUUUCUGCGGCCACAGUAGCUUUCACUAAGCUGGAGUCUGAUAUCGAACGGCACGCUACUAUCGACGGUACUGCUGACGUCGGCCACGAGCUCACCCAAGUCUCCGGCCAUGUCGAGUUCCGCAACGUCUCGUUCAGCUUCCCCUCUCGCCCCGACAAGCCGGUCUUGCAAAACCUCUCUCUGCAGUGUCCACCGGGGCAGCAAACCGCCAUCGUCGGGCUCUCUGGUAGCGGCAAGUCGACAGUGGCGGGACUCACAACGCGGUUCUACGACCCAGACGAAGGCAGUGUGCUGCUCGAUGGUCAUGACCUCAAGGACCUCAAUGUGAGGUCGCUCCGCAGCAACAUCAGCCUGGUACAGCAGGAACCCUGCUUGCUGGAUCGGUCGAUCCUGGAGAACAUCGCGCUAGGUCUGGUGAACUCGUCCGCUCACGCUCACCUACGCGAGAUUCUCAGCGGCACGGCAAUGGCGGAGAUUGCGGCCGCUGUGCGUGAGGGCAAAGACAUGGUGCAGGCGUCAUUAGUGUACGGCGACCACGGACGCGAGGUCGUCGAGCUAGUGGAAAAUGCAGCACUGUUAGCUGAUGCCAAUGGGUUCAUCGAGAGGCUGAAAGAGGGAUUCGGCACGAUGGUGGGAUCGAGUGGGAACCUGAUCAGUGGAGGCCAGAAGCAGCGGAUUUCUCUCGCUCGGGCUCUUGUAAAGGACCCUCGGAUUCUCAUCCUCGACGAAGCUACGGCGUCGUUGGAUUCCGCGACGGAGAUGCGCAUUCAGCAGGCGCUGGAGAACGUGGCUGUUGGCCGCACGCUCAUCACCAUCGCUCAUCGGCUGUCGACGAUCAAGAAUGCCGACAACAUCAUCGUCAUGCGCCAGGGUAAGCUGGUCGAGCAGGGCACGCAUUCCGAACUCAUUGCGGCCAAUGGUGCCUACGCCGAGCUCGUCCGUCUACAGAAUCUCAAUGUCAAUGCCGAGGCAGAGCCCGAUAUGCCUUCAACGGCUAGUUCUUCGUCCGACGACAGACAGAUCGAACUGGAGAAGUCUCCCAUUGCUGCCAAGCUCUCUGCUGUAGACGAAGUCCCUGCGGAGCACGACAGCCAUACUCCCGCAGAAGACGAAAAGGCCAAAAAGAAGAAGAAAAAGUCCAAAGAUACUGACGCCUUUGCUGUCGAUUCACAACGUCCGCUCGGCUCUACAUUCAAGUCGCUCGGGUCCAUGUUCCGGCCCUACCUAUUCACCCUGUUCAUCGCCAUCAUUGCAGCAGUCGUCAUCGGCGGCACAUACUGCGGUUCGGCCGUCAUCUUCGGCAACGUCGUGGGAAAGUUGAGCGGCUGCGAGAAGCCAGACGAGAUUCGGCACGCAGGCCACUUCUUCGGACUCAUGUUCUUCGUGCUGGCGAUCAUCGAGUUCUUCGCCAACUUCAUUGGUUGGUCGCUCUUUGGCUGGAUGGCCGAGAAGGUCAUCUACAAAGUGCGCGUGCUGUCGCUGCGGGCUAUUCUCGAACAAGACCUGCAGUGGCAUGAAUCCAACGAGCGGAACCCGUCGAUGCUUCUGUCGUUAAUCACAAAGGAUAGCAAUGCUCUCGCCGGUCUGACAGGUUCCGUCGUCUGCACUAUCCUCUCCAUCCUGGUCAACCUGUUCGCGGCCAUCAUCAUGACGCACAUCAUCGCCUGGCGCAUAGCCAUCGUCUGUCUCGCGGUGGUUCCUCUCCUCCUGAUCGCCGGCUGGAUGCGGGUCACCUCGCUGGCCAGUUUCGAGGAGCGUCACCUGGCAGCCUUCGCCAAGUCCGUUGGAAUCACCGUGGAAGCCGUCAACUCUAUCAAGACCGUCAUGUCGCUCUCUCUCGAGCACGAGGUGCUGGGCACAUACCGGCGGUCUCUGCGCGGGCCCAUGCGCGAGACGACCAAGCAAAGUGCCUGGGCAAACCUAUGGCUCGCCAUCGGCUACGGCCUCAGCAACUUCCUCUACGGCCUGGCGUACUGGUGGGGCGCCAAAAACAUCAUCGCCGGCCGCUACUCGCAGACGCAGUUUUUCAUCGUGCAGCUAGCGUUGCUCGUCAGCUCGCAGCUCUGGGGGCAGAUGUUUGCGCUUGCGCCUGAUGUCUCACGCGCCGUCCAGGCCACGCGUCGCCUCCUGAACCUGCUUGAUCUCGGCUCGACGAAGAAUCUCUCCGCGCCGAUCCGCGCCCAGCACGACGUCGAGGCUACAGCGCCCUCGAGCGAAAAGCCAGCGCUUGACUCCCGGCCGGGUAUCAGCGUGUCUUUCAAAAACGUCAAGUUCUCCUACCCAGCGCGUCCCGACACGCAAGUUCUCCACGGGCUGGACCUACAUAUCCGCCCGGGGCAGUUCGCCGCGCUCGUCGGGCCCAGCGGUGCCGGCAAGUCCACGAUCAUCUCUCUGGUGGAGCGGUUGUACGCGCCUGAUUCCGGCACCGUUGAGGUAGACGGGCGCGACAUUUCCCGCGGGGACAUCCGUUUUCGUGAGGACAUCGCGUACGUGCCGCAGCAGAGCGUCAUGUUCGAGGGCACGGUGCGGUUCAACCUCGGACUCGGGGCGCGGCCGGGCCAUGCGGCCACGCAGGAGGAGAUGGAGGAAGCGUGCAAGCUGGCUAACAUCCACGAUGUCAUUAUGCAGCUUCCUGAGGGGUAUGACACGCCGUGUGGACCGAAUGGGGACCGGCUGUCCGGCGGGCAGAAGCAGCGGCUGGCUAUUGCGCGGGCGCUCAUCCGCAAGCCGAAGCUGCUUCUCCUGGAUGAGUCGACCAGUGCGCUGGAUGCCGAGUCAGAGCGGUUGCUGCAGGAUGGGCUGGAAAAGGCGACGAAGAACAUGACGGUUAUUGCGAUUGCGCAUCGGUUGUAUACGAUUUGCAAGGCGGAUGUGAUUUUCCUCAUCGAGGAGGGGAGGUGUGUCGAGCAAGGGACGCAUGCGGAGUUGAUUGAUCGGAGUGAGAGCUACCGGGUUAAUGCGUUGAACCAGGCGGUUGAUGGGUGA